UACACAAGCGCACGCGUCGGAAUCGAGACGAGUAUCACCCAGCGCACUGAUCUCGUCGUCACAGCCUCACGAGUUUCAGAGGCUCUGCGCCUCUUCGUACUGCCAGGAUUUGUUUCUUUUUGCCUAUAACCGCAUGGAGAGAGCUGAGAGCCCACCCUUCGCCCCGUGCUCAGAUCAACUUGCCUCUUCCCUUUUCCAUCUAAGCCAUACUAGCCAACCUUGACCAUGAGCGGGUCCGUUCAGAACACCAUCAGCCCUGACAUAACAGGGUAUAUCAGAAAGGAAAGGCUCGAGGCUAGGCUUCUAAGCCUGUUUGGCAAACCGAUCAAAGUUCGUCAUAUCAAUGAGCGAUGGGUUUUUGACGCCCCGAGGAUAGUGACUCAGAGUGAGAUCGAGUGAGUGCGAGAGAGUCCAGUACGCAUUAGUUGUCAACAAUCUGACUUAGGAUAUUGCCAUACAGCGAUCUUCGUGAUUGAAUGAAUGUUUGAUCAUACGGAGAUGGACGUGGAUGAGAUGAUCACUUGGUUCGGUCUUCUCAUGUGGCUUUGAUACCGCAGCAAUAUUAUUUUACUUUUCAACGUAUCCUGCUUUAUGUAAUGUAAUUCGCCGCUGGCUGUGUUUGCUUACCUGCAAUGCUAUCCCAUGCUGCAGCCUUGGA